AUAUGAUUCAAAUUUUCCACUUGCAUACAAAGUGUAUGAUUAACUUUUGACCUUGUAGUUACUACAGAGCGGUAUAAAUACUAGUUUUCAUUUUUAACUGUUGCGCAUUUCUUGAACCAGUGAAUCGAAAACAUGUCUUUAAUAAUACGAAUGACGCUUUCGUUUGUACUAUGUUGUAUCAUCAUGGAAAUGGCAUACGGGGCUUGCUGUAACCCACCUCAUGGAAGAUUUUGUGCAGACUGCACGCUUUCUACACCGAGAUGUGGAUAUUAUUCAUGUAACAUAUUCGGUUGUAACUGCACUUGCCGAAGAGAACCAUCUGGUAAAUAUUGUUAUGUAUGGAGGGCACGAUGUUAUUGUGACAAUGACAAAAGGAAACGCCGUGGCGUGUCGUUUGAUGACGUCAUAUCGACGUCUGCAGACAUAAAGUUUGCCAGUCUAGAUAUCAACAGUGAUGGAUUGAUUGAACAGUUUGAGUUCAUUAAAGCCUUGGAACAGAUUGAAAUAACGGACAACACAACGAUGUUUCAUCAUUGGUCAAUCAUGGACGAAGAUAAAGAUGGGAUAAUCACUCUGGAAGAAUUCGACAAAGAAAAAUAGUUGACUCUGAUUACAUUUCAUUAACAGAUAAAGGUGCUGAUUGCAUAAUCAGAAUGUAUUCAAUUUUAAAAUAAAAUAAACAAACCUGCAUUGA